AUGUCGAAGGCCUCUGAACCAAUAGCGUUCUCAAAGGUAAACGUGACAACCCCGGUAACGAAGGAGUACAGGAUUCAUGGAAGCGCCAUGCCUACAGAGGACAAUCCAAGGCCGCAGAUAUUUGUUUCAACCAUCUUUGCAAAGAACCAUGUGUUUGCCAAGGCAAAGUUCUUCAAGAUUCUUGAGAAGAAGUACAAGAUAAAGGCUACAAAGGGGCUGAUUAUCAACUGCGAGAGGAUUCCAGAGCCCUCAUUCAAGGAGGUCCAGAACUAUGGGGUCCGGUUCAUCUACCGCAGCAGAAGUGGGGUUCAUAAUGCAUACAAGGAGUGCAGGGCUAUAAGCAGGUGCGGGGCUGUUGACCACAUUCUACGAGAGUUGGCCGGAAGGCACAAGCUAAAGAGAUCUGCAGUGGACAUAAUAAGUGUGGAGACCAUUCCUUUCGAGUCUCUUAGAAGGGCAAAGACCAUGGAGUUUGCCGACGAGAAUGUCGAAUUCCCCGUCUUCACCAAGAUUCUCAACACGAGGAGUCUGUUGAUUCCUGCGGAGUACAAUCCUUCUGAGUAG